CCAGUCCAGAGAUGUUGAGUUGACAGGGUCGGGGGUCUUUUUUUAUAUCCAAAUAUCUAAAGCUGUGGCACCGUCACACCUUUAAGAAUUUGCGACAAUCUGAGUUUCAGGAUUGGCGCUAUCGCAACAAGCUGAUGGUUUUGCAGCAAUACCCCCCGCCAGCAGAGGGUGCUGAAGGCCCGGACACAGAGGAGCAGAAUGAUGAUCACAGGCUGGGGAUCUAUGGCUGGAGGAAGCGCUGCCUCUAUCUGCUGGUGCUUCUCCUACUCUCCACCCUGCUGGUCAACAUUGCCCUGACCAUCUGGAUUCUCAGGGUCACCUGUCUCAACACAGAAGGAAUGGGGCAGCUGAGAAUAACAUCAGAUCGGGUGAGGCUUGAUGGAGUGUCCGAGUUCCUCUUCUCUCUCUACGCCCAAGAGAUACACUCCAAACAGGAUACCUCCCUUCUUAUCCACUCUGAGUCCCAGAAUGUCACGCUCCAAGCCUGCAAUGGGAAAGGAGGUGUGUUAGGUAGCCUUAACCUGGGUCCACAAUCCAUGGAAAGCGUAGGACAACAUUUUGAGGUGAUGACAAGCACUGGGAAAUUGUUAUUUUCUGCUGGUACAGAACAGGUAGUUGUUGGAGCGGAUAAGCUAACCAUUACAGGGUCUGAUGGUGCUCAGUGUGAACAUUCCAUAGAGACAUCUCUGGUCAGGGCAGAGCAUUCCAUGGACUUGAGGCUAGAGGCCCCCACCCGUUCCCUCCACCUGGAUGCUCCAAAGGGAGUCCACAUCAAAGCAGUGUCCGGCAGCGGCCAGGCCGUGUCCAGCAUGGACAUCUCUCUACUCUCUAUGGACGGAGUGUUGAUUCUGGAUGCUGAGAGGGUGCAGCUGCCCAAGUUACCUCUGAGUGGAGAAGGAGAGAAAGGGAGUCCUGGGGAGCAGUUGUAUGAAGUGUGUGUGUGUCCUGAUGGAAGACUGUACCUGUCCAAAGCUGGUCACACCUCCACCUGCCAUGACAACAGUCACAAUUGUUAAAAGACCACACUCUAUUAUCUUGAGAUUUGUAUUUACCUGGGAUCAACUUUAUACAUACAGGACAUCAUCAUAGAUGUGCAGUCAGUCGUGUCUUGCCUGAAAGUUAUGCAAAGUGCAUAUUAGAAAAAUAUGAAAGUUCAGAAAACUUUUAAUAAAACAACAUUUGUAUAUUUUAAUAGUUUUUUUUUACAGUGUCAUAUCUAAAGAUGUACAUGCAAGGUGUUCUACUCUAGUGGCACCAACUGUGUUACCUGUUUUGUCUGGGAACAGUUUCAUUAAUUAUAUUUGUGGAUAUUUUCAUCCCUUUCACAGUAAACAGAUGUUGGUUAUGAUAUUGUACAACCGAAUAACAUGUAUGAUACUAUACGUCCUAUAUGAUAUUGUACGACCGCUAUUCCAUCCAUAACGUAACCUAUUGUAGGGUAAUAUAUCAUACUAAACGGAGGGAAACAAAUGCUUUUUCUAAAUCCUACCCAUUGCCCUGAAGACAGGUUGAUAUUUGGAACAUACAGUGUACAUAUGUGAUUGAAGAUUGUUCAUAAUGUUCAGGGGGAGCAUGAUGCGCUAGUAUCUGGCAGGCGGCAACAUUAUUUGUUGAAAAAGUAGCCUACCCAAUAGCCGUGUCUGCGAACUACACUUCUGACUGGGUAUUUAGGAGUGGGGCGCGGUAUUUUCUAGGAACCUGUUAUGGAAUAAACGCUGUUGCCUUAUCUUGCCUAUGGUAGCAUCAUAUGUCAGGUCCGCCAGAUAUCUACUUAUAUUACUGUACUUAAUAGCUUCUUAUGUCAAUUAACAUUGGACGUACUGUAUCAGAAGGUGGACCAUUUAAUCGCAUUAUUAUGAGCGUGGGUGGUAUAAAAGUAUUAGCUAAUUGAUUCCCAUCCAGGUAUUGGCAGACAUUUUAAAACUAAGACAAAAUAGUUAACAUGGAGUGGAAGCUAAAGAAGAUACUGUCGCGUUUACUGGAGCUGAUUAUUUUGUGCUAUAUGGUAAGGCAUAAAGUUUUUCAUUUACGGAUGUAGUUUCUCAUUUGUUGUAGUGUAUCUGAAGUCUGUGAGUGAUGCUCUUGGUCAGGUUCAUGGAACUGCAGUGGAGAAUAGAGAAUGCAGGGAGCAGGAGUAUAGGGAUGAAGCAGGGGACUGUGUCGCCUGCAGACAGUGUGGAUCUGGGCAGGAGUUAUCCACGGUGAGUAGUCUAUCAAACGUAUUCCCUCCUGUCAAAAUGAUUGAUACAACCAGUCAUGCCAUUGUAAGAAUAUAAUUAAUGUGCGCGCAGCAAGUAGACUAGCGGUUAAGAGCUUUGGGCCAGUAAGAAAGGUUCCCCUAUAAGAUAAUAAUACAAGUCGCUGGUUCGAAACCGAGCCGACUAGGUGAAAAAU